AUGGCGUCUUCAGUACAGAGAGGCACCACGUUCUCUCUGACUGUUGGAUUAUCAACCUUUCCAAAAAUUGCCAUUAAACCAAAACAGCGUAUACAAAUAUUUGACUAUAUAAAAUCACAACGUUUACUGUACAAAAGAUCUCCCAAAGUGAAGUCUGUUAUAAAACAAUUUGAAGAAACAGGCACUGGACAUACAGGCAUUACAGAAGACGAAAACGGCCAGGACAAACGUAUUUGGAUGACAUUCAUUAUAGAUGUACCGGAAGACAAGGAGGUCAUCUCCGUUAAAAUCAAAUGUCGUUCUAUAGAUGCGUUGAAUUGUGAAAUGAAAAGAAAAGAGAAGAAUAUAUAUUCAGUAGAUAUUGAAUUACCUGCGCAGUAUGACCCGACUGCUUGCUACUGGUAUGAAUUAGUUUUCAAGGAUUCUGUCCUAUAUUUCUUCAACAGUUCGACGAAAGUAAAAACACUUCAGUUCACACUAGAAGAUAAAACUGUCCACCGUGAUGUUCUUUGGGAGGAAAAUAGCAUAGUCUCACAUUUGCUUGAUUUAGUGCAGUCGAUUUCUGAACAAUACAGUGAAACUGAAGUGUACAUGCAGAUUGAAGAUAUUUGCUUGCAAGGGCGUUAUCAUGAUGAGGAAUUCAUAAUAAAGGCCUUACUGAACAGUAAUGUAUUACACAUGCAUAAGUAUCGCAUUCGAUUUGCAUUGGCGGUAGGAAGGCUUUGCAUGACCUACCCAAAAGCCAUUUCCAACACAAUAAAUUCGACAGUUGCUAAUGACAUUCUUGAUGCAUUAUUGCAGAAACGCCUCGCAGACUUCCCAACUUCUUGUUCGGUUUAUAUGCCAGCGCUAUGCAAACAUCUGUUUAAAAUAGGAUAUAGCAAGGACUUUUGUAUGCUGAUAUUUUUAAGUCGUGUUUUUCCUUUUCUGUCCGGAGACUUGGUACUACAGGCUCUUAAAGAAUGCAUCUCUAGCAAAGAAAAGUUUGUUAAUGACAAUCCGUAUUGCGAAAAAAUUGCGCACGAUUUAUGCAGAUCAUUCUAUAUUGAAUAUAUCAAGACGGGAAGUAAUGCUUUCAAAGAAAUCAUUGAAUAUUUAUUCAGACAUCUACCUUUGGAAAUGACAUUACCAUCUUAUGGACAACUUACCCAAAUUUCAGAAUAUGAAUCUGAUAAGAUUACACCAAGAGAAGAGGAUGCUCUUAUAGCAAUUACUGCAAGUAUCAAGUCUCAGGUACUGCACUGUUCAAACAAGGCAUUAAAAGAGAAGAAAGUUGUAUCAUUGUUAAAAGUAGCCUCUGCCUUAGGGAAGUUUGAACUUUGCAAUGAUAAAAGCAUUCGAAACAAUAUCGAGGAAGGAGUGAUGAAUUGUUUUUCAUCACACGGUCUUAAAGAAACCACGGAGCUUAAGCAGGAAGUACAUGCAUUUCUACAUGAAUCUAGGUGUUUUGUGGAGUUGGAGUCUCAGUUGUUGCUGUUGAAAUGUAUAUCGGAAUCCAGAAACCCAGCUGCUCGAAGAUUAUUUAUAGAGUUAAGCGAAGAGCAGUUCCUUGCAAAAGCCUAUGGAUGCCUAGAAGUUGACGUGUAUAAAUCAUGGCUGCUGAACGAAAUUAAGACAAAUCAAACGCGCAACGAGGACGAGCUAUUUUAUACUUUCCGGACUUUGUGUGAAAUACUAAAGCUGCCUAUUAUGUCCGAAAGAGCAGAAAUUGGAAAAGAACUUGAACUUGUGACUAUGAAAUCCCUGGAGCGGUACACGUUGAAGGAGAUGCUGAAUCACGUAGAAAAGAUUGAACAUUUCUGUGACAAUGAGCCAACCGUUUCUCAUUUGUAUAAAGAACAAGUUAAGGGGCUUUUAAAGGACAAAGGUUUUUCACCAACGGAAGUACUAAGGCUGUUCUGCUCCAAUGGAUCUUUGAGAGUAAACACAAAGACAACUUGUGAUAUAGUGUGCACAGUAAUUGACUUGUUUUUCGAGAAAUCAACACAAGACACAAUAUUUGAAAGCUUCAUCAGUCAAAUACCCCAUGCUGCCUUUUGGCAACUGAUCGUUGAUGGUGAAGGUUCGCGAAUACAAGAUGUACAAAACAAUUCGACAUACAAACAGGUAAUAUUUUGUAUUAAACGUGUGACUCUCUUACUGAAAAAUGGUGAUGUAGAUGUUAGUUUUAUGUCAAAACUCAAAGUUAAAGAUGAGAUGACAAAACAAACACUUAAAUUAGGAGGAAUGCAGAGGAAAGAUAUUGAAGCUAUGCAGAAAACCUUCACACAAAUGGUUGAGAAAGUGACACAGGACAUGAAGUGUGUGAAAGAAGUUCUCCAAGAAGUGCAAGUUAGAAAGUCUGAUACGAUUCCGAAACUAUCGGCUUUAUUAGAAAAGGUCGAGGCGAUGAAAGCGAAGAUAGAAAGCGGCAGUCUUUCAGUAAAGGAAUCCACUUCUAUAGGAUGGCUUUGGGGUGAUCUUGGCGAGUUACCAGAAAUAUGUUGUGCGUUGCAUCCGGUAAUAAAAUCAAACUUUUUCUGGAAUGUAGCAAAAAAAGCUGUGUUUGCAUCUUUUGCACGUUACCUUCGCACUGGGACAACCUUGGAUGGUCUCCUUUCGAUUCGAUAUCUUUUUGAUGCUGAAACCGACGAUGACGACGUACAGGAAAUUAAACACACAGAUCAGAUUGUUUGCUUUUUAAACAUCUUGAUGACGGAAGGCAUUGACUUGUUCGAGAAACAGUGGACAUCUUUAGAGACUGACAAUACCAUAGCAAUGAAAUUCGUACAGACAAUGUUUGAAAAUGCACAUGUUCCGGACGAAAUCAAAAUUGCAGAAACAUUUCUACAAAAACGUAUCAAAUACGCUGUGAAAACAACUCUCCUCCAGCUAUGGAGGAAACACGAGGUUUUAGAAACAGCGCAAGCUAUGACGUCUGUACUUGAAGCAUUCGGCUAUGAUAUUUCAAAGGAUAAAGAAGUUCAUUUAGCACUUAAAUCGUUUGAGGAAAUUAUUCAGCAAACUCUAUCUGAAUGUACUUUGCACGACGCCCAAAAAGCACUGCAAACGGUAUUUUCAUUGGCAGACAAAUUGACUGAUGAGACGGUUUACAUUAUGGCAGAAAUAGGAAAAUCAUCACUUCUUCUAGAAUUUCUCAAAGAAAUUGCAAUCGAAGAUGUUCGAAAUUUGAUAGAUGCAGUAGAAGAUAUAUCAGAGUCUCACGUACAAGAGUCGACUGUUUCUGCUCUCAUUGAAACCAAACGUUUUUUGCUCCCGUUACUUACACCUACAAAUUUACAAGAGAAAGGCAGUCGUUGGAUAUUUCAAACGCUACAGAAGCAAACAACUUCACAGGGGAAAAAUGCAGGCAGUAUACCAGGCAAAAUAAGCGAUUGUUCUCUGAACUUGCAUAACCUGAAAUCACUUUAUAAUAAUGUUGCAAAUCGAGGUCAGCAGACAAAAGAAGUGAUUAAGAGCAUCAUAACAAAAGGAAGGUUUGCAUUUAUGCUAUGUACUGAACAGGAUCGAGCUAUGUUUGAAAUUACAUAUAAAGAAAACAAGAAUAAAUUUUCGAAACAGGAGGCUACUAUAUCGGAUAUUCGAAGUCGAGCUCUUCUGUUGCUAAACACUGAACGACAGUGUACUGAGAGCACUUUCAAUCAAGAGGAGUUCAGAAUAUUUAUAGAAGCUGUAGAUUUAUGCUUAGAAAUACGAGAUAUACUCAAUGGCCUUUUUUCCACAGGUCAUAUUAGAUAUAAGACUUUUAGACUUAGUCUACAGUCAGGGGAACUCAAACAAACGAAAGACACGCUUAAAGGAGAAUUAGAUGAAUGGAUGAUUAGCAUGCAUCGUGCUAGAAAUGAAUAUUAUUUGAUGAAUUUCAUUCAAGGCUAUUCGUGUUAUAUCAGAUUUUCUGGAAAAGGGAUCCGGCAGAGAUUCAGUAGAGGCAAUACUCAAAUACAUUCACCCGUAUUUAACUGUCCAGACACUAUCCACCACGUUCAGAAAGGAUAUUUGUCUCUUAAAUGAAAGUUUGAUGCUUGAUGAAUUAGGAAGAGCUCUUCACGAAAUGUAUGCAAACUUUAAACUUUUCGUACGAGAUAUGAAAUGCGACGAAUUCACAACGAAGAUUACCGAAUGCGUCCACAAAGGCAAAGUUGUGGUCGCCC